GCAAAUGUGGAUUUCCGGUAAGAAAAUCAGCAUAGAGGAUGUGAUGAACAGUCAGAUGAAGGAUCAACCAAGAAGACGAUUUAGCUGUGAUCACUCUGUUAGUACCUUCCGAUAAAUUUGUGUCAAAGUUUUAUUUUUUGCCAACAAUCAAUCAGCAUGGCGAUGAUGGAUGAUGCUGGUUUCCUGAUAACACACAUCAGGAACUGCUUCAUCACCAGUGAUGACACUGGAAUGUGUGAAAUUGUCUUGGAAACAGACGAAAAUGAUAAUUUUGAAAGAAAACAGACCCACAAAUCUGACCCUUCAAGUGCUGAUGACAGUGGAAUGGAAUCUUCAGACAUGGAGCUAUCGUCUGGGUCCUAUGACAUCAUGCCAGACAUGGGAUACCCUGGUCACAGAUUGAGGUCAAACACUGCCCAGAGAUUGGAACGCAUGAAGAAAGAAAAACGAAGUCAGCGUAAAGUUAAGAACAUUCCAUGGAGAGAUGCAGCUCUCAGCUAUAAUGUGGAAGAUCGGGGUCAUCUGUUUGAGAAGAAGUCAUUAUCAGAGAAUGCGGAGUCUCCCAUCUCCGUACCAAAACAAUCCAAACUUACAGAGCAGUUAGGGAUGUCGUCAAGUGAUAUGGACAAUCCCUUUCUUGAUUACCUCAAGUUUGAUGGACGAGCAAGUGCAGGUGUCCACUCUAGGAAGAUAGAUAUAUUUCUAACCAUGGCCGGCCCCGCUGACCGUCCCUACCCGAUGCCUGUUGUUUGCGUGGUCACUGCCAAGAUACAGGAGCUAAUUGGUCUCAUCUGCUGGCAAUACACAAAUGAAGGCAGAGAACCAAAACUCAAUGAGAACAUAGAGAUGUAUUCCCUCCACAUCGCGGAGGAUGACGGUGAGGUCGACAUGGACUUCCCCAGCCUUGACCCACGUGAACCUGUAUCAAAGUUUGGCUUCGCUAAGCUGGCAUUAGUGGAGAAAAACAUGCCUACCCAAACCCUGUCCAAGGCAUCUCUCGUGGUCACGGUCUAUGUACCCCAUCGAGGUUUUAACAAGUUCCAGAUGGAAGGCAUGGACAAUACCAUGAAGGAUAUCCUUCAAAGGGUCCUGAAGAGGAGGAAGGUCAAGAUCAGGCCAGGUCAGAGCUACAACCUGGAGAAGCAGACAGAGCCAGGAGUGGCGGUAGAUUUGGAUGCCACGUUGGCCAUCAUGGACACUAUGGAAUUUUGUCUCGUCAGACAACACAGUACUCGGGGUGAGGAGGUACAGGAGGAGGAGGGAGACAUGUCCGCCAUGGCUGAAUCACUCACAAGUCACCAAUACAAGAGUUAUAUUGUUAGUCUGGUGCAUAAACUCAGGGCCAACACAGAGGUCCAGCUAGGGGUGAGCGGAGAGAAGGUAGAGAUUGACCCCGUCGCUAGUAAGGGUACUGGACGCAUAUUCCGACAGAAGGCUGUCACUUAUGAUGCAGACAGUAUUGCCUCCUGUGAUAUAAUAGAGGAAAAGAUUACAGGAAAGUGUACAUUCAGGCUGACACAUCUGAGUAACCAUGACUACAAGCACCACGAUUUUGAGGCUGACUCGGAGACUGCCAUGGAGAUAGUGUCCAAACUUAAGAACAUUUUAGAACUGAGAAUAAGCCCGGCCAGGAAGGAAUACGUGGCAGCUCAGACACGCAAACUCCUCAAGAAAAGAGAUUCCCUCAAAUUCUCAUCCUUUUCUUAGCAGAGAGUGUCAGCAGAAACCGUAAAAUUUAGUGUGUGAAGGUUGAAAAAGGGGCACAUGAAAUGGAUGAUCUCUUUAGGUGAAGGGAACCAACACGUUGAACUAUGAUAUUACCAUUGUCACUAUUGUGAAAUAUUUGUAGAAGAUGUUUUCAAAAGAAAUGUUCCAUGUUGCCAUGGAUUUUAUAGAAUUAUAGUUGUUUGAAAUUUGAACGUUUGAAAACACAAAUAAAAAAGAAAACCUGAAAACAGCAGGGGUGGAAUUUAGGAUAUGUACGUUACAGGGCCUACGCUUUACAAAAACUGCCAUCUAGGAAUUAUAACUUCAAAUAGUGUCCAAUUUAUGGCCCACAAAGCCCAUGAAGAGGUUGACUGGGUAAAUUAUAUAUAUAACCGAAAAGGAGUUUUUCUGGCUUAGGUUAAACCGAAGUCUGACUAACACCUUUUGGUUUACUUCAUCUUUUAUAUAGAAGGGAGAAUACUUGGAGUUGAAAACUCCUUUUUGGUUACUUCAUCUUCUAUAUUGAAAGGGAGAAUACUUAGAGAGUUGAAAAACUUUGAGUGGCACUCCUCUAUGUGCUUGUAACUGAUGCAGUACAUUCUGUCAAGAAUUUAUGUCAUUUUUUGUCAGUAUUUGUUUAAAUAUUUGUAUUUAUUUGUACCAUAUGUAUUGUUCAGAUACUGAAAGUAGAAACUGCCAGAUAAAUUAAUUCUGCUAUUGCUGCCAAUAAGGUGUCAGGACGUAAGAGUUGCACGACAGUAACUUGUGGAAUAUCAUAAAUAGAAACUUUUUUUUAAACGAGAUGUUUUUCAGUGUGUGGUGUCUCAGCAUGUACUGUUAAUUAUCACAAGAUAAUUUCCCUCAAGAGUUGUCUCCCAUCACGUGCAGUUUAUUCAGUAAAUAGAAUAUAAGA